AUGAGCGAUCUCAAGACCGAGAGCCCCGCCCCGCGGGAGAAGCUUGAAGCUCAGAUCAAGUCUGCCGAUAUGACCGAGGAUAUGCAGCAGGAGACUAUUGAAGUUGCUCAAGAGGCCAUGACGAAGUUCACCAUUGAAAAGGACAUUGCGCAGCACAUCAAACGAACCUUUGACGAGCGAAAGGGCCCAACCUGGCACUGUAUCGUUGGGCGAAAUUUCGGAAGUUUCGUAACGCACGAGACGAAGCACUUCAUCUACUUCUACCUCGGACACUGCGCGAUCCUCUUAUUCAAGACACAAUAA